CCCCCACCACUCCACCAGGUCGAGGCGGCGCCGGGAGCAACGAAGGCGGCGAGAGGACGCCGGGGCGACUUCUCCCUCCCCCCACCCUCCUCACACACAGCAUGUGUGCGCGAACGUGAGAGAGUACGUGCGUGCAUGUGUACGCGUAUAUCGGGUGGGAUGGAUGACUUGGGACUGGGCGACCGAGGGCUCUUGGCAAGUCUGCGUGGGGGUCGGGGACGCGCCGGCCUCUGGGAACCCCUGCCACCGCGCUUCCGUGCGCGCUUUGAGCACAUUCAGGUGGAUGGUGACAUCCUAAGUUACCACGGAAAUUCGGACGACGUGGGAUGCUACAUUGCAGCGCAGCCACUUGGGAAGGACAACAGCUACUUCGAGGUGUGCAUUAUGGAUGGUGGUGUACGGGGAAACAUCUCAGUGGGACUGGUACCACGGCGGUACCGCCUUGACCUGCCGCCCGGCCUCCUUCCCGGAUCUGUGGCAUUCCACGCAGAGCACGGAGAGCUUUACCGUGGACAGGCCGUGGGCCAGCAGUUUGGGCCGCGCUGUGAGGCCGGCGACCGUAUUGGCUGUGGUAUUCGAACGACCACCGUUGACGGCCGGGGGGUGGCCUACGGGGUUGCACACAUCUUCUUCACACGCAACGGCACGGAGCUGGGCUCCCUGUCGGUGCCAGUUCCAGAGGGGGGCCUCUUUCCAGCGGUGGGGCUGGGCUCGGCGGGCGAGGAGGUGAUGCUGGAGCUCACAGCAUCGUGGCCGGGCGAGGAGGACGACUCCAUGCUGGUGGACAGUCUGGAGGAUGAGUGGGGGCGGCUGCAUGAUGUGCGCAUCGCUGGACCGCUACUGGAGUAUGUGGGGCGAGGCCGGAGCAUCAUGGAUGUGGGGCUGGCUCAGGCGAGGCAUCCCCUCAACACCACCGGACACUACUUCGAGGUGGAGAUUAUUGACCCUGGCGAGAAGUGCUACAUCGCCAUCGGGGUCGCUCGCAAGGAUUACCCCAAGCAUCGGCACCCAGGCUGGAACCGGGGCUCCAUAGCUUACCAUGCAGACGAUGGUAAAAUAUUCCAUGGGAGUGGCAUCGGCGACGCAUUUGGGCCCCGCUGCUCCAAGGGCGACGUCAUGGGCUGCGGUAUCACCUUCCCGCGCGACUACCAGCUGGACAGUGAGGGUGACAGCGAUGGCACCCCUGAGUGGAACGUGAGUCCCGUGGACCCAGAGCCCGAGGAAGCGGUCGACAUCUGGCAGCCCCGACUCCCCCGAGACAACAUGACCUUCGGCAGCGACACGGACGAGGAGGACGACGAGGAGGAGGACGAGGAGGAGCGAGACGGCAGGGACAGGCGGGUCGAGUGGCAGCAGGACGACAAAGAAGAUGGAGAUGACGGCGAGGGAGACCAGGACCCAGAGCCGCCCGGGAUCAAAGUCAUGGUAUUCUUCACGCGGAACGGCAAGGUGGUGGGCAGGCGCGAUGCCCGUGUGCCUCCCGGUGGUUUCUUCCCCACCGUGGGCAUGCUCAGCUGCCACGAGAAGGUGCGGGUCGACUUGCGGCCACUCAGCGGAUAAUCCCGUCGCCACCUCCAAGGCGCGCACUCAGCUUCUCCGCACCGCCCCCCGCCCCUCCCGACUCGCCUCCCCCCUCGCCUCUGAUCUCAUGCACUCGUGCCGCCCUUGAGGUCACCGGCUCUCCCAUUCCACCCAUGUCAAUGUUUUAGUUGAGUCACUUCGGGCCCUAUUCUCGGUGGUAGAGCUCACGUUGCGUGAACCCCUCAUGGCGCAGGCUGAGCGCAGCUCCUCGCAGGAGUCCUGUAUAAAGAGGUGUAAUCCACGUGGUGGAAAUUGACCAAAGGGAGGUCGUGAGAAUGGUGGCACUUGCCCGUUCUUGCAUGAACACAGCAUAUACAGUACAACAUAUAUAUAAAAUAUUGCUUUACAGUGAAUAAUAGCACGAUAUUUUUUUUUUCUGUAUAGAGAUAUAGAGCAAUAUCUGAAAAAAUGAUUGUUGCAAUUGUAAAUGUGUGCAUAUAUAAAAUGAAAGUCAAUCACUUGUGAGGCACUUCCAGGGAAUUAUUAUAUUAUUGUCACAUUGCGAACCUACGGGGGGCAUGAGAUCACUCUGAAUUAAAGAGGCACACAACCAGAGGCCCCGGGGUCACGUGCGCCCAACCUUUCGCUAUUUGCCAAUCAGCGCAUUUCUGUCGCAUGGGCGGGUGUGCUGACGUACUGCGUUCGCGGAUAUGUCGUUGCAAGUGGAUGGAGCAGAUUAGAAAAGGUAGAGUGUGACCCAUGCCAUCUGAAGUUGCUAAACCCCACUUAUAUCAGACCAAAAGCACAGUGGUCCCUCAACUACUCUGCUCAUAACCUCCCCUCGCCCCUCAGCUCCACAGUCAAGCUUUGAAGCUACAGCCAUCCUAUUAUAUAAGACUUGCUGAUGGCGUCGUCAUUAUAACAAUCAAGGGCGGGGUACUCCAGAAAACGAUUGAAGAACUUCAUACGACGGCCGAAAAGUGCGGCUGAAGAUGAAUGAGAUGAAAGAAAAGUCACGUGCGACAAGUUUUGUGGAGCAAAAGGACAGUAGCUGUUGCGGAGGAACACAAUUGGAAAACACAACAGAGCACGUGUACCCAAGGCAAUUAUUUUAGAGAGGCUGGAAUCACUGCACAUCGCCUGUCAUGACAUGGAAUUGGAAACAGGUGAAGAGGAGGAAUGGAAGGAGAAAUGCAUUCUGUGAAUUGUAGUGAUAGACAGGAAAAUAGAACACAUGGAUCAGAGAAGAAGUGCAAAUUAGGGACUGUUAAAUAAAAGUAAGAUUGGGAAGGACGCAUUGCUCAAAGGGAUGUUAGCCGGUGGUCGAGACUAACAACUGAGUCGCAGCCAAAGGAAGAAAUACGCCCCCGGAGAUGAGUACUGUGCACAUGGGGUGAUGAGUUAAGCUCAGCGUAGGAGCGGGACGGAUCGUGGCAUCAUACAACCAUGAGGUGUGGUGACAAUUUCGGGGGGGGGGGGGUGGGGGUCCUUCAUCCAGCGGUGGAGAGAACAUGGCUGAUGAUGAAAUGUGAUAGUAGCUGUUUAAAUCUGGAUGAUGAUGGGGUAGUGAAGUGCAUAAGAAUCUGCAUAAUACAUGUUAUCCAAAUCCGUGCUCCAGGUCACAGGGCUGAAGCGGUCCAGCCCAGUUAUGAAUAUGUUAAACAAGUGAUUCUCGUGGAAGAAAUGACCAUAAGUAAAGUAAAUACUUAAUCUGCUCUUAUACUCUACCAUGGUUUCAUUUAUUCCUAUCCACGGUUAUAGCCUCCCAUGCCUUGCCACUCACAAUUUUCCACAGUGCAGGUUUGUUCUUGGUUACCACGUGGCGUGGGCAAAAUGCAUUGUCAACAUCUUGUGAAAGGGAGACAGUGAAAGCGUGGGCCAUGCACCUUGGGGAGGUCUUGAGGAUAGCAGUGAAGCGUAAGAGCCGUAAAAAAUGUGCACCCUCUCAUUUAGGUUGAAUCCAAGCAGGCUUGUGGGAACCUAUGUAAGGCUUCAGAUGAUGUUACAUGUUACGUACACUUGCUCUGUGCACAUAGACACAUGUUUACUUAACAAACACAAUGUAUAUAAGGUACUUGUACGUGCGCGAGCACUUGGUUUGGGAACUUCAAAAAUCACGGGCACCACACAAGACCCACUUUGAUUUCCCUGCCCUUGCACAGAAGGUACGGUACAACGUUGUGUUUGCAUACGAGCGUGCACAUGUAAUUGGGAUCUCAUGUAGUAGGUUGAAUGGGGAGGUGGAUCGUUCGUGACCCCUGAGGCCUGGAGGUCACGCUGUGGCACUGUUCUUUUGCACAGUGUGAAUAUAAUUGUACUGUAUAUAAAUUGCUCAUUGUUUACAAUUGUACAAAACAAUGUAUUUGCGCACCCUCCAUCCCCUCCAUCUCACGCGAUAAAGCUUUACGUAUUUUUUUAUCAGCCGAGACAUUUCCAUGAAUCGUGCGUUACAUGCAAAUGGCGGUUGGUUGCCGUGCAAAUUUGAACGGCGAGGGAUCACGGGUGGUUGUGGAUAUCUGCUCUAGUGUGCAGGACUCACUUGGAAGGCUGGCCAUACAACAUGAUAGUGCAGCACAGAUACUGCACACUGCAUCUGGGGGGAAGAGGUGUGGUGAGCUUCCAUCUCACCCUUGAUCAGUUCCGUAAGUGCUCGGGACAAGACUGCCCCCUUAUUGGCCAAAGGGCCAAACAUUGUGUGCCCUAUGCAAGACUAACUUUGUGAAUUAACAUGUAUUUACAUGUUCAAGCUGUCAAUAAAAACUUUGCUUUUGGUAGAUUUGAAGAAAAAGUUCAGAGACGGUUCAUCUUGCCGCAUCAGCCAUUCUUAUCUGCUUGUUAAGUGGAUUGAAAAUUACGAUUCAUUAUUGUUUAGUUUUACAUUCCAUCGAAUUGCAGAAGCAUCUGGAAACUCUUUACUGUCCUUACAGGGUUACAUAUAUAAUGAGGGUGGCAUUAAUACGCAAAUAUUUAUAUGUACAAUGACACACAAUAAAUAAAUGUUAGAAGCAGACUUGCCUAGAGAAGGAAUGUGUAACGGGAUCAAUCGUAAUGCAGAGUUCCAGAUGGAAAGGAUGUGUCUAGUCUGUAUUGAACAGUGAGCAAGAGCAGUAAGUAUCACCAGGAAGGAGAAGGUGAACGAGUGAGAUGAUGGGGGGCUUGGAAAGGAAUGCCCUACAGAAGCAAUGUGAUACAAGAGUGUGCCGCAGCAUCGCAAAUGGACUCAUAUGUUUAUUGACUAAUGUGGCUGCUUCAUCAGAACAUGCCCUGCUUGGGGCCCUUUUGGAAAUACCUUUUUGCUAACUCUAGGUCAUGUAACAACAAAACAGAAUAAAAAUGUGAUGCGAUUAAGUGAGAUGGAAAUGUAGGCCUCACAUGAAUUUCAGCACUUAGUCUUUUAAUGUAGUUUUGACUUUGGAUAAAAGUCUAACAUGUUUGGCCCUUCAGGUCUCGAGUCAGCUGUUGCUUCUCAUUCCCAUCGAUGAACUUAUUAGUGAAUGAAUAUGGACAUAGUUUGGAGACAGUUCAAUAAUUUAAGGCGCUGGUUUCAGAUAUAAUUUGGUGAAAUGAAUCGGUGGUGUGAUUGAAAUUGCAUGUGACUGUCAAAACCCCAAUCUUUUUCUACCCGUGCAAUGCAUACAUUUUUAGGCUUUUAUUACAUUUGCAACCAGUUGCAUUUAAGAAUAAGCCAUCUUUAAUAGCCCAAUAUUGCUCCAAAGUGUCGGCGGGGGGGAUGCAGCCUGCUGGUCCAGGCGAAUGGAUGGACUUGUGGUGAAUACAUUCUCCACGGAACCCAUCUGCACUGUGCCCAUGAUCCUGUUACGGCAACCACUGGCUAAUGCCGAUUGUUGCCACUGCCAGACUGUGUCGUAUAUUGCACCGUGCAACGUCACCAUGUGUAAUCGUUUUGGCAUUGUAUGUAAUGCCAACAUACUGCAGUAAAAAAAAAACUAUUAUAUGCAG